AUGGAGAUCGAAGAACUCCGAGAGGCCGACAAAACCGAAAGGAGACCAAGAAAAGAUGACGACAGGCCCUCCAGAUCGGCGAACACUAGAGACCUCGGCAAACCAUUCAAGCUCACCCCAAAAUUCGAUAACUACACCAGAUUCAAUACGAAGAGAGAGAAGAUAAUCAAAGAAAUACUUAAUGCCAAGAUUAUAAAGCCACCAACCAGAGCGGGAAGCUACCAAGAUCAGCGAUUCGUCGACAAAAGCAAGCACUAUGCCUUCCACCAGAAAUAUGGUCAUACAACCGACGAAUGCGUGAUAGCCAAAGAUCUCUUGGAAAGAUUAGCACGACAGGGCCUCUUGGACAAGUACAUCGAGGGGCGAAAACACAGGGAAAGCAACAGAGAAGAACAUCAUCAAACCUCAGCCAGCAAAGAAACCAACAAAUGGCUGAACAACAACCCACCUAAGGGGGUUAUAAACUACAUAUCUGGAGGAUUCGCAGGAGGCGGCGAAACAAAUUCAGCGCGGAAGCGGAGCUACCGUGCGAUGUUAGCAAUCGAAGGAACAACACCGCCAAACAACAAAGAUAUUCAGGACUUAGAAAUCACUUUUAACCAAGCUGAUAUAUGCUCGGCCGCCCCUCACACAGACGACCCAGUAGUAAUCUCCAUUCAAACAGGCGACCUUCUGGUAACUUACAUCGGCCAAGCACUAAGAGGACAACAGAGAUCGGAAUUGAUAAAGUUACUACAAGACUACGCUGACUUGUUCGCCUGGACCCCGGCAGAUAUGCCUGGCAUUAGCCCAGAUAUCAUCUGCCACAAGCUAGCCACGAACAAGACAAGCCGACCUAUAGCCCAGAAGAAGCGAAACCUCGGCACCGAGAAAUCAAAGGCGGCCUUAGAAGAAACAGAGAAACUCCUCAAAGCCAACUUCAUCAAAGAAAUCCGCUUCACCACAUGGCUCUCAAACGUAGUAAUGGUAAGGAAAAAUUCAAGUAAGUGGCGCAUGUGCGUCGACUUUUCAGAUUUGAACAAAGCAUGUCCUAAGGAUGCUUACCCCCUGCCAUGCAUCGAUAAACUUGUAGACAACGCCUCAGGUUUUAACAGCUUGAGCUUCAUGGAUGCAUACUCUGGGUACAACCAGAUUCUAAUGCAUCCAGAAGACCAAAGCAAAACAGCAUUUAUAACUGAACAUGGUAAUUUCUGUUAUAGAGUUAUGCCAUUUGGCCUAAAGAAUGCAGGUGCAACCUACCAGCGUCUGAUGGACAAAGUAUUCCGACACCAAAUAGGUCGGAACAUCGAGAUCUAUGUGGACGAUAUGGUCGCCAAGUCCACUAAAGAUCGGUCACACUGCGACGACCUCAAGGAAAUAUUUGAACAAAUCCGAGCAUACAAUAUGAGAUUGAAUCCAGAAAAAUGCGCUUUUGGAGUCCAAGGAGGAAAAUUCCUAGGAUUUAUGUUGACUUCCAGAGGAAUCGAAGCAAACCCUGAGAAAUGCAAGGCUAUACUCAACAUGACAAGCCCCAAGACGAUAAAGGAAUUUCAAUGGACACCAGAGUGCGAGACGGCAUUCGGCGAACUUAAGACCCUUCUAUCAUCACCUCCCGUAUUACAAAGACCUGAGGUCGGCAAGCCUCUAUAUCUAUACCUAUCCGUUUCCAAUCAUUCCAUAAGCUCGGCACUCGUCAUUGAGACAGGAAGGAUUCAACAGCCAGUAUACUUCGUCAGCAGAGUAAUGCAACCAACGGAACAAAGGUACCCGAAGAUAGAGCAGCUCGCCCUGGCACUCGUGGUCACGGCAAGAAGACUAAGACACUAUUUCCAAAGCCACACAAUAGUAGUAAGAACAAAUCACCCAUUGAGGCAAAUAUUAACAAAACUAGAACUGGCAGGACGAUUGACCAAAUGGUCAAUUGAACUCUCAGAGUUCGAUAUUCAGUUUCAGAUUAGAUCGGCCCUCAAGGCACAAGUUCUCGCCGACUUCAUCACGGAAAUGACUCCAGACGAUCACAUUGAAACAUGGGAGUUACACGUGGAUGGGGCGUCAAGCCGAGAAGGGAGCGGGGCUGGCAUAAUCUUAAAGGAGGGAAGUAAGGUGGUAGCCGAGCAAGCCCUCCAGUUUCACUUCUCGGCAAGCAACAAUCAGGCCGAGUAUGAAGCCCUAAUAGCGGGACUCAAGCUCGCCCUAAGCCACAAAGCGACGAACUUAACGGCACAUUGCGAUUCCCUCCUGGUGGUCCAACAAAUCCGAGGAGAAUUCCAGGUACCAUACCCAGAGACGAGCUCCACCCUCAACAGUUCAAACGUAAGGCAAGCUUCUACACGAGAAUAUCAGGGGAGCUAUACAGACGAGGUUUCUCACAACCAUUACUAA